UUCCUCCUGUGGGUGUUCCGGCUGGGUCCCGUCUCCCCGUCUCGACCCUGGACAUCUUCCCCCGGGCUCUGCUCUCGCCCCUUUCUCCGCGCGCUGGGUAGCGCGGGCUUCAGCGACGGGAACCCUCGAGGGACAUGGCAGCUACGGCGGCGCCGGCCAGCGGCGCCCGAAACGGGGCUGGCCCCGAAUGGGGAGGGUUCGAAGAAAACAUCCAGGGUGGAGGCUCGGCCGUGAUUGACAUGGAGAACAUGGACGAUACCUCCGGCUCCAGCUUUGAGGAUAUGGGUGAGCUGCAUCAGCGCCUGCGUGAGGAAGAAGUAGAUGCAGAUGCAGCUGCUGCCGAAGAGGAGGAUGGCGAGUUCUUGGGCAUGAAGGGCUUUAAGGGUCAGCUGAGCCGGCAGGUGGCUGAUCAGAUGUGGCAGGCAGGGAAAAGGCAAGCCUCACGGGCCUUCAGCUUGUACGCCAACAUUGACAUCCUGAGACCCUACUUUGAUGUGGAGCCUGCCCAGGUUCGAAGCAGGCUCCUGGAGUCCAUGAUCCCGAUCAAGAUGGUCAACUUCCCCCAGAAAAUUGCAGGUGAACUCUACGGACCGCUCAUGCUGGUCUUCACGCUGGUAGCCAUCCUCCUCCACGGGAUGAAGACUUCCGACACCAUCAUCCGGGAAGGCACCCUGAUGGGCACAGCCAUCGGCACCUGCUUCGGCUACUGGCUGGGCGUCUCGUCCUUCAUCUACUUCCUCGCCUACCUGUGCAACGCCCAGGUCACCAUGCUCCAGAUGCUGGCCCUGCUGGGCUAUGGUCUCUUUGGGCACUGCAUUGUCCUCUUCGUCACCUAUAACAUCCACCUCCAUGCCCUCUUCUACCUCUUCUGGCUGCUGGUUGGUGGGCUGUCCACUCUGCGCAUGGUGGCAGUGUUGGUGUCCCGGACUGUGGGCCCCACACAGCGGCUGCUCCUUUGUGGCACCCUGGCCGCCCUGCACAUGCUCUUCCUGCUCUACCUGCAUUUUGCCUACCACAAGGUGGUGGAGGGGAUCCUGGACACCCUGGAGGGCCCCAAUGUCCCCCCCAUGCAGAGGGUCCCAAGAGACAUCCCAGCGGGGCUCCCGGCCACAGUGCUCAACGCCACCAUCAAGGCUGUCGCGGUGACCCUACAGUCACACUGAGCCCGCCUGAGAUCCCUGGCCGGCCCCCCUCCCCCAAGCUGCAGAGCGGAGGAAGAUUAAAGGACAGUACUGAUGACAUGUGGUCUCUUUGAUGGGGUCUCCUGCUGCCCUGGCUGCCAGGACGGCAGGCUCUGCAGCCCAGCCGGGCAAAAAGUGGGUCAGCCCCUCUGAGGCCCCUCACCACCCGCCCCUGCCUUCCUCUUUCUCCCAGUGUCUGGCUAAAUAUAGACUGGGUAAUUAAAACAUUGAUUGAAGUCUGGGCCUGCAGCUCCCGUGCCAGUGGUCCUGCCUGCCACUCUGCUUCCUGUGCAGGCAGCAGUGCCGUCCGUCCGCAGUGGUCACGUCACCUGUUCCCUGCUCUGUGCCCUCACCGGAGCCUGGAUGAAGGUGGGACAGGCCAGAGAGAGUACAUAGGAAACAGGGUUGAUUGUGGAACCUGCCCCUGAGGGCAGGGGACACUGGCGGACCCACGAGCAGCAGGAAGCCCCAGGCGGGAGAGCCCCACACCCUUGGAAGACACGGGAGCAGUGACUCCGGGGCAGGAGCUUCCAGACCAGACCCCACGUCAUGACUCGGCCUCUGUGUGCAGAGGUCAUUCUGUAGGAGUCGUGUGCCUCAAGCCACACUUGACUUUGCCCUGGUUGUACUAAAGAAGGUCAAAGAAAAUGAGAUCCAUUUGA